AUGGCGACCGCGGGGAUAUUGAUGGCCGGCUUGGCUGGGCUGGCGGCCUUUCUCUACGGGCCGGCUACGCACCGGUACUACAGCAAGAUCGGCACAUUCAGAGAACUCAGUUCGACGCCAUUGUCUAAUCCAGAUGACUUGGUCGUCUUCAAAGAUACAACUCACUGCGAGGACAUCCACUACUACGCCCCAGCUCAUACUCUCUUCACCGCAUGCGAAGAUGUGAGCGAGACACGCUUCAAGUGGUUUCCACCUCUAGGUACAUUCGACGAUGCAAACGUGGCGUGGAACAGCCAAGGAUCCAUACAUAUCAUCGACCCUGAGACCAGGGAGAACAAGAGGCUCAAGUUUGAAAACUUUGAGGGCCCUUUCAUCACCCACGGCAUCGACGUUAUACCGGACCCAGAGAAGCCGGCGGGCGAAGCUGUCUACAUCUUCGCGAUCAACCAUGUCCCGAACGAGGCUGUGUACCCACGCGAUGGAAGCACUCCGACAUCUGACCCAGGCACAGCUCCCAAGGCCGCCUCCAGGAUCGAGCUCUUCCACCACACGAUCGGCGGGGGCUCGGCCAAGCACAUUCGUACCAUCCGCCAUCCGCUUAUCAAGACACCCAACGAUGUUUACGCCGUCAGUCCAACUGAAAUCUAUGUCACGAAUGACCACUAUUACUAUGAGGGCUACAUGAGGAGCAUAGAAGACUCGUUUCCCGGUGCCAAGUGGUCAAACGUGAUCUGGGCAUCCGUGUCCGACGAUGGCAAGGUAGACGCCAGUGUGGCCCUGGAUAAGCUCUGGAAUCCUAACGGGAUGGGCCACGGGCGGACUCCAGACGAGAUCUUGGUGACCAGUGCCAUCGGCGGGUUCAUGUGGGUCGGAAAGCUGGGGUCCUCAGACGCGAAGACAAUCGAGGUCAAGGAGAUCAUCGACCUCGACGUUACCACCGACAACCCCAGUUAUUACUCGGACCCGUUUGCCAGCUCUGGCGACGAUGCGAGCGGCUUUGUGCUCCCUGGCUUGAUCAGGGGUAUCAACCUCAGCAAAAUCGGUCACUUCCCCGGGGGAAGGGAGGGCUCCAUGGGCUGGCUGGCGACUCCCAGUAAGAAUGUUACAGGCGAAUGGGACAAGAGAAAGCUAUGGGAAGACGAUGGUAGCAUCGUUAGGAAUGCCGCUACUGCACUUAUGGUUGGCAUCGAUCCCAAGAAGGAGGGUGGUAAGAAGAAGGCUUGGCUCUAUGUGACUGGUUUCUCUUCUGAGAACAUGGCUGCUGUCAAGGUUGACUUGUGA